GCAUCAAUCAAAGAAAAAUGUUGGGGGUCCUAUAAUAAAACCAGAUCCAGCAUAAAAAUAUAAAGUCUGACGAUUUUACACAAAACAUCCACAUGUGAUGCUGCUAAAACAACAGUCCUCAACACCACCCACCAUUCACCAUUUUGUCCCUUCAUUCUUUCUUUUACUAUAUAUAUUUGUCCCACCUUCUUUAACAACUCCCCCCUCUCUCUCUCUCACACACACACCCACACUCCCUCUCUCUCACACACACACACUAUCAAGAAAUCAAUGGAGUAUUACAUGGAUGAGAAGUGGAAGAUACCGAAAGACGAAAACAGCAUCAACCGGUAUUCGAAUUCGUCUACGAAGAUAUCGAGGAGCGCUUCGCAGAGGAGCUCGACCAAGAAUCCGUUCAAUCUAUCGAGAAGUUGUUCCACUUCGUCAAAGUCGUCCUCUCUCUCUAGGAGUUGCUCGCAGAAGCGCCCUUCGGAGUUCACGCGCAAGUGCAAGGAGCAGAAAUCCAAAUUCUACAUUGUCAAGCGAUGCAUCACAAUGCUCGUCGGCUGGAAAAAGAAUCCGGAUUCUUGAUCGAUGGAUCUUUUGCCUUGUUUUCCAAUACAUCCAAGUUAUUCAAAAUUGUUAAUUAUUGCUUGGGAAUAAUCAUUUUGUGUAAGAUAGUUGUAGAAUUCAAAUUCAUUGCAGAUACAAUCCAAAACAUGGAUCUAUUCAUUUCUUUAUUGUGUGCAAUCAAUCAUUCAAUAGAUUAAAAACUUUAUU